UACGCACGCGUCACACGCAAUCGCUUGACAUUCAUGUUCUUUCUCUUUGGACUCUUCCAUUGUUUUGCUCAAGGAAUCAUACAAUCGUUUCUCUUUUCGGUCGAUUCGGAGUACAGUUCGUUUCUUUCCAAGAUCGUCCAUGCGGCAGAAGUCCCCACAAAGAAUCAUACACUCCUCGAAGGGUCAAGUGGAAACUAUCGGUUAAGAAUGUGCAACUAUAUUCCUCAUUUUGGUUCCAACUGCACGGAUGUCUUUGAGUCCCACACCAAUGCCUCUAAUUUGUCUUCUGAAGACGUUCGUGGUUUUUUCUCUGCAACAUUCCUUCGCACUUACAUUCUGCGCGCCAAUAUUGGCAGUGACCUGCAACCAGCCCUAUCUCGCAAUGAAACAGGCAUCACCAUUAAAUCUCAGGAUGGUAAAGAUGAAGUAUUGUUGGAUAUGCAGUGCGUCGAAAUCCUCACAUUUCCUUCUCAAGACUUACGAAACAAUGAGAGGGAGGACCUUGCAUUGGUCUUCAUUCAAUUCUGGCUAUUCACGAUAUCUGUAAUCGCCAUGGUAUAUGAUUCUGUGCCUCAUAUUGUCGCUGGAUUUUGCGCUCGAACACUUCUUACCUCUUGGUCUGCUUAUGCUCUUUGGCGAUCCCGCUCAAAGAAAUCCAUCUAUCAAGAACUUAUCGCUGACUCUCAUACACCCUGCUCAGUUGACCUCUUCAACGGGGAUUACUUCCGAGUGAGAAACGGUUACGAGGUACCGGAUCUGAUCCUCAAUUUAACUGCCUUGUCUAUUGCAUGUUACUUGUCCUUGACACUUUUCAGGGACUAUAACAAACGGUCUUUCAAGUGCGUUGGCGCACCAAAGCGUAUUGCAACUCUGUACAAGUAUUUUAUGGCAGUUCAAGCGUGCUUGCAACUGGAACUCUACGUUCUUAUGGCGGGUAUGGGGCUCUGGAUUGAUCAACUAUUUAAUACAUACGUUGGAGCAAUAUCGGAGCACACCUUUAUCUAUGAGGGUGUGUUCAUAUUCUAUGCCAUUCUUGUUAUUCCUUGGCUUGUUUUGGGAUGGUACGCAAUUCGACACGAGAAAACGAUCUUGAUGGCUCUUUUCAUUUUCGCUUCCUUUGUUUUCCUAUUCACUACAAGUAUCAUGUUUUACUCACAAGUCUUCCGAUGGCAAGUAAUGACGUUUGUCAGCUGGACGAACUUGGCGUGUUUGAUUGUAGCCUCUAUGAUUCUUAUGGGUGCUUGCAUGAUUCUAGGUAUCAUUUGCCUCCGUAAUUUUGACAAAGGUCUUUCCCAUUAUCUGCAUGCAGAUUCCAUUCUGGAAUCAUUGAAUUUUUCCCCUGCAGUCUUCGAGAAUGACGUCGAUUACCAUGUUGACUCGAAAGCAGAACACGACAAAGCUAUCGACUGUCUUCAAGGCUACCACUGA